UUGCGCGUGUUUUCUGUGUUUACAACCAGCUGACGUCCGGCGUCUUCCCGUCCAUUAGCCACCGAUACCCACAACCAACGAUAUCCAGCUGCACUCGAUGUUUUCCUCAUGAAAACCGCUCUCCGUUGACUCGUCAACUCAACUGAAUGCACAGUUUCAUCGUAUUGAUCAGAUGCAGGGCUCUGGCCCCGUCUCCAGCAGCUGAAGCACACCAGUCCUGUCCUCUCUGCUCCGCGUCCACUGCCUUCCUCUUCACUGAGCCAUGAGCAGCCAGAGGGAUCUUGAUAUGGUGCACCUCCGCCUUAUCCUGGUCAGUGGGAAGACACAAGACUUCACUUUCUCCCCAAAUGACUCGGCUACAGACAUCGCCAAGCAUGUAUUUGAUAACUGGCCCGCAGGAUGGGAGGAGGAAAGGGUGAGCAGCCCCAGCAUACUGCGCCUCAUCUUCCAGGGACGCUUCCUUCAUGGCAACGUUACCCUGGGAGCUCUAAAGCUGCCUCCGGGCCGAACGACCGUCAUGCACUUGGUUGCCAGAGAGACUCUUCCAGAGCCCAACUCUCAUGGUCAAAGGAACAGAGAAAAAACCACAGAGAGCAACUGCUGUCUCCUCUUGUAAAUUAACAAACAAACCCUUCCCACCUACACACACAUAUGCAUACACACACACAAACACAUACAUACAUACAUACAUAUAUACACACUCUCUUCUCUCCUGCCUGUUGUCCUGUCAGCUGUGGAUUUGGAGUAAAUCACAGGAAGUCUGGUUGGGGCUGCCUGCUUUGGUUGAACUCUCGUCCAAUCUGAGGCUUUUUUUUUUUUUUUUUGUGCCAAUAUAUUUCCCUCCCAACCUUUUACUGUAUCGGCAGAAUUUAUUUGAAGAUCAUGACAUUAAACAAUACCUUUGCUCCCUCGUGGACCUGUUUUCUGCUGGACAAGUUUUAAAGGCCUGUCAUGUGUAGCUAAAAAGACCCAGGAGCUCUUUUGUCAUUUAUGGACACAGAAGUCCUACCAAGGAUGUGUGGGCUUUAACCUUUCCCUACUAGUCACAUUGGAUGUCUCCCCAGGUCUUACUGAAUGGUGUUAACCCUCUCAUUGCACUUAACCAGUAAAAUCAAAAGUGUUUAUUGUGUUUCAUCCUCAUCUUCUCUUCUUCCUCCAUGGAUUUUUUUUUUUCGGUCAGAGGAACAGACCUCAAUUUCCCACGUGGUAGAAAAUGUGCCAUCCUCCUCAUAGACUGUUUCUCCCUCUCAGUAACUGAACCGUUAUGUAACCGGUCUGUAUCAGCACCAGUGGCGUCUGCGCCGUUACCUACACCUGUUUGUUCCUGGCAGUGGACCAAUAGAGAAAAGACUCUUACUAGGAAGGGUUUGCAUAAAACACCUGAAGGUCCACGAGAAGCAGGAACAGACUCCCAGUGAGUUAAGAUGGAGUCAGAGGGAUUCGGCGGAUCGCUCGAGUGCCGUCAGGUGCCGUGUUUGUUCCUCUGGCUGUGACUUUUAUUGACUAGACUGUCGAUGCUCCCUCGCCACAAUGGGAGCCGACACGGCGGGCCAGUUAAACGCAGACAGAAGAAGCGGUUGAAGAUGGGAGGUUGUCGGUGUGAGACCUCCCUCUACUGGACACUGAGGCGAGGCAGAGGCAGGGGGAGCGCUCCCCCCGCUCAGAUGAAGAGUUAAAAAGGAAAUUUUGGUGGUGUUUCACCUCCUUUUCAUUUGGAUGCUGUCUUUACUUCUUGUUUGCCUUUUAUCGUGGAAUUCAGUAAUAUCAUUAAUAUUGAAAUUUAAAUAUAUCAAUUUUUAUCUUGUGUAUAGGUAUUUGUUCGAUUUUAGUGUGGGUGCGUUUGUGUGUGUGUGUGUGUGUGUGUGUGUGUGUGUGCGCGUGUGUGUAUGAGUGUAUGAGUGUGUCUGAGGUUGUGUGAUGCACGUGGCAUACUGUAUGAGAACUAGUGGGGGCAUGUGGUCUUAAAAAAAAAUAAAAAGGUGGUGCACUGGGAGUGUUGAUGGGCUGCGGUUUCUUCAGAAACAGUCGGAAACCUUUUGAUUCCUUCCAUUGAGUGUCUUUUGGUUUGUGUUUUUUGUCAAUCAAUGUCACUGCUAUGAAGUUUAGCUCAGUAUGAAUAAAUGUAAAAACUAAAAUGCAAUGUGGUCUACAUAAAAGCUUGUAUUAUAAAUUAAUAAAUCUUUAAAUAAGGCAA